AGGCGCGGAGGAGUGAGUGCGCGCCUCCAGAGUGGGGAGCACGAGGCGCCGGUGGGUGAAGCGUGAGGGCGCUCGAGGAGCCGGGGAUUCCGGACGCAUGUGGGGGACGGAGCGGAGGUAGGAGGAGAGCAUGUCCUUUAGAGGCGGAGGCCGCGGAGGAGGCCGCGGGGCGGGCGGAGGCGGCUACACCCGCGGGGGCUUCAGUCGGGGCGGCGGCGGCAACUACCGAGGCGGCGGAGGAGGAGGAGGGCGAGGCGGGGACCGCGGCGGCCGAGGAGGGCGAGGCGGGGACCGAGGCGGCUUUGGCCGGGGAGGCUACGGACGAGGAGGGGGUGGCCGCGGAGGCUUCCAGAAGGGCGGCUACAACGAGGGACCCCCCGAGAACGUGGUCGUGUUAGGAGAGUUCUUGCAUCCCUGUGAAGAUGACAUUGUUUGCAAAUGCAUAACACAUGAAAAUAAAGUGCCUUAUUUCAAUGCUCCAGUUUAUUUAGAAAACAAAGAACAGAUUGGUAAAGUAGAUGAGAUAUUUGGACAGCUUAGAGAUUUUUAUUUUUCAGUUAAACUGUCAGAAAACAUGAAGGCCUCUUCUUUUAAAAAAUUACAAAAGUUUUAUAUUGACCCAUAUAAACUGCUGCCCCUGCAAAGAUUCUUACCUCGGCCACCAGGUGAAAAAGCACCUCCUAGAGGUGGUGGCAGAGGAGGAGGAGGGGGUAGAGGAGGUGGUGGUGGCAGAGGAGGAGGCGGCAGAGGAAGAGGAGGAGGCAGAGGUGGUAAGUUACUUGUCCUAACAGCACCUGCGGGACUGCUUGUCAUUGAUGGGGGAUAG